GGCCCUCGCCUCCCGUCAUUUGCUCCAAAAGGGUGCGCCAGUCUUAUUUGUGGGUUCGUGCAAAAGCCAAUAGUACAAUUGAGGCCGGCCCCUUUUCCGACGCGUCAAUCAACACCACAUUCUACAUUUCGACUGCCAUUCAACGUCGCGACAAUGGCCCCAAAACGAAAAGCCGAGUCGGCCGUAGAAGAGUCGCAUGGUUAUGAAUUCUUUGGACCACCCGGUGCUUUCGUCAUCUCCUUCGGUCUUCCUCUGCUUUGCUACACUUUUGUUUUCCUAUGCAACGAUGUCUCCGGAUGCCCUGCUCCUUCGCUACUCAACCCGUCCACUCUGACUUUGGAUCAAUUGAAGAAGGAGGUUGGUUGGACCGGCUUCUCCGGGCUUAUCAACACGAAUGCUGUCCUUGGCACUCUGGGCUACUAUCUCCUCAGUCUCACUCUGUAUUCAUUCCUCCCAGCUACCAAAGUUGAGGGAACCGAGUUGAGAUCUGGUGGUCGCCUCAAGUACCGUUUCAAUGCCUUUUCCUCUGCCAUUUUCAUCCUCACCAUCUUGGCCGCCGGCACCGUUGUCGAAGGUGCUGAUUUCAUCGUAUGGACCUUCAUUUCCGAUAACUACGUUGGUCUCUUGACUACUAACAUCUUGAUUGCCUACGCCUUGGCCACUUACGUUUACGUCGCUUCCUUCAGUGUCAAGCACCCCAAGGAUCCCAACCAGCGCGAGCUGGCUGCUGGUGGUCACUCUGGCAAUGUACUGUACGAUUGGUUCAUCGGCCGUGAACUCAACCCUCGUGUCACUCUCCCCAUUUUUGGUGAAGUGGACAUAAAAUCGUGGUGCGAACUCCGCCCCGGUAUGCUUGGCUGGGUCAUCCUUGAUCUAGCCUUCAUCGCACAGCAAUAUCGAAAUUUCGGAAAAGUCACAGACUCAAUUGUACUCAUCACAUUCUCCCAGGCCCUAUACACUCUGGACGCACUGUAUAUGGAACCUGCGAUUCUCACCACCAUCGAUCUGAUUGCGGACGGUUUUGGCAUGAUGCUUGCGUUCGGUGACUUGGUCUGGGUUCCCUUCAGCUACAGUCUCCAAACGCGGUACCUCUCCACGUACCCCGUAGAACUUGGUGUGAAGGGCAUCGCUGCCGUUGUCGCUGUGCAAGGCUUGGGGUACUACAUUUUCAGGGCAGUCAACAACGAAAAGAACCGUUUCCGCACGGAUCCAAACGACCCGCGCGUCAAGCACUUGAAAUACAUCGAAACAGCCGCUGGUUCCAAACUUCUCGUCUCUGGCUGGUGGGGUACUGCGCGUCACAUUAAUUACCUCGGUGACUGGGUUAUGAGCUGGUCCUACGUCCUCCCCACCGCCCUUGCUGGAUACGUCAUCAAAGAUGCUGCCAAACAUCCCCUCCAGGCCAUACCUCCUGACGGUGUCUAUUUCAGAAACACCUACCAGAAGUAUGCUGUCCCCGGAGAAGCCAAAGGCUGGGGCAUGAUCGUCACUUACUUCUUCAUGGUCUACUUUGCCAUUUUGCUGCUCCACCGAGAGAGGAGGGACGAGGAGAAGUGCAGGAGGAAGUACGGCAAAGAUUGGGAUCGAUAUGUCGAGCUGGUGCCAUACCGGAUCAUCCCUUACGUGUACUAA